CGCGACCGUUGCGGGAGGGGGGAGGGGACGCGGAACGUUAAUUCCGUUGGCCAGUCGCUCCUCGGUGAGGUGGAGAGGUAGACUGAUUCGGCUCUCCCGUCUUGCGGGCUGCUUCGUCUUUUCGAAUCUGUUUUUUGGCUUUUGGUACUCCAGGGGUUGGAAAAACUACACUAGGCAAAGAACUUGCAUCAAGAUCAGGACUGAAAUACAUUAAUGUGGGUGAUUUAGCUCAAGAAGCAAUCCUGUAAACAGUAAUAAUUGGACUUAGAUGAAAUCUGAAUAUAAGAUUAGAUUUAAAUGAAAUCUGAAUAUGAGGAAGAAUGUUUCGAGUUGAGCAGACAAAGGUUUGGAUUGUGUUUGAUCACCGGAUAUCAUGGAGUCUGGCAAGAUGGCUUCUCCCAAGAGCAUGCCGAAAGAUGCACAGAUGAUGGCACAAAUCCUGAAGGAUAUGGGGAUUACAGAAUAUGAGCCAAGAGUUAUAAAUCAGAUGUUGGAAUUUGCCUUCCGAUAUGUGACCACAAUUCUCGAUGAUGCUAAAAUUUAUUCCAGCCAUGCUAAGAAAGCUACUGUCGAUGCAGAUGAUGUGCGAUUGGCAAUCCAGUGUCGAGCUGACCAGUCUUUUACCUCUCCUCCCCCGAGAGAUUUUUUAUUAGAUAUUGCAAGGCAAAGAAAUCAAACCCCUUUGCCAUUGAUCAAGCCAUAUUCGGGUCCUAGAUUGCCUCCUGAUAGAUAUUGCCUAACAGCUCCAAACUAUAGGCUCAAGUCUUUACAAAAGAAAGCAUCUACUUCUGCAGGAAGAAUAACAGUACCACGGUUAAGUGUUGGUUCAGUUACUAGCAGACCAAGUACUCCCACACUAGGCACACCAACCCCACAAACCAUGUCUGUUGCAACUAAGGUAGGGACUCCAAUGUCUCUAACAGGGCAAAGGUUUACAGUACAGAUGCCUACUUCACAGUCCCCUGCUGUAAAAGCCUCAAUUCCUGCAACAUCAGCAGUUCAGAAUGUUCUGAUUAAUCCAUCAUUAAUUGGGUCCAAAAACAUUCUUAUUACUACUAAUAUGGUAUCCUCACAAAAUACUGCCAAUGAAUCAUCAAAUGCAUUGAAAAGAAAACGUGACGAUGAUGAUGAUGAUGACGAUGAUGAUGAUGAUGACUAUGAUAAUUUGUAAUCUGGCUUUGAUGCAUGUAACCUGUAAACUUGGUCUUAAAUCCAUUGUACUGAAAUUAAAGAAGCAUGCUGGAUGUUUUCAAGCUGUGUGUUAGAAAACUUAAGUAGUAUUUAAUGAGUAAAUAAUAGUUUUUAUUCUUAAUUGCAAUGUUGAAUUUUCUUUAAUAGGACCAGUAAUGGUUUUUCAUCAGCCUUUAUGUGUAAAAAAUAAAGUUGUUAAUUGAUUUGUUUGGCAA